UUGUUUUUAUCAGCUGCCGCAGUUUCAGUUGAGACAUUUCAGGUGCAGCAGAGACACACACAGAGACACACACAGAGACACACACAGAGACACACACAGAGGGACAGAGGGACGGACAGAUUGUUUUUGCAGCACCCAGUGGACCCAGCAGUCAUGUCCUCCAGGCCCAACGGGAGUCCACCUCCCUACGAGUCAGAUACUGGAUAUAACGUUCCUCCCCAGCCGGCCUAUUCCUACUACCCAGAUGAUGAGUUCCAGCAUUUCUACCGCUGGACGUCUCCGCCAGGCAUCCUCAAAAUCAUGGCCAUCAUCGUCAUCGUGAUGUGCGUGGCCAUAUUUGCUUGUGUUGCCUCCACACUGGCUUGGGACAGUCAGGGCGCCCUUGGUGGCUUCGGGGGCAUCGGGGGAGGUUAUGGCGGUGGUUACGCUGGCUCAUAUGGCGGCGGCUAUGGUGGUCAGUACGGCAGCUUUGGCGGCGGUGCAUAUGGACCUGGAAACGGCUACGGCUACGGUGGAAUCGGAGGGAACUACAAUGACCCCCGAUCGGGCAAAGGGUUUAUGAUUGCUAUGGCAGCCAUCACCUUCAUUGUCUGCUUGGUCAUCUUCAUCAUCAUCGUGUCUCAUCAGAGCCUGUCGGAGAGCAGGAGGUUCUACCUGGCAGUGAUAAUCAUCUGCGCCAUCCUCGCGCUGCUAAUGCUGAUAGCCGCCAUAGUGUACUUGAUGGCAGUGAACCCCAUGGCUCAGUCGGCCGGGUCGGCGUACAGCAGUCAGAUCGCAGGUCUGUGCGCUCAGUUCCAACAACCACAGCCUUCAGGAGUGUUCGUCAAUCAGUACCUUUACCACUACUGUGUCGUGGAGCCUCAAGAGGCCAUCGCGGUGGUGUUCGGCUUCCUGGUCGCCGCCGCUCUCAUCAUCAUGCUCGUCUUUGCUCUGAAGACGCGCCAGAAAAUUGGACACUUCGGGAAGAGCAACAUCCUGUGGAAGAGGGUGAAGCUUGUCGAGGAUGUGCAGCCACCUCAAGAUGUAGAGGCGUGGGUGAACAACGUGUCGGCCACCCCUGAACCGCUGCCGGUGUCGGACUACCCCGAGAAGCUGAGAGGCUCCAGGAGUCACCUGGACGAAGAAAGCACCAACUAUGACAAACCUCCCUACGACUACUCCCCACAUCCUGCAGUGGAAGAGAAUCAGCCUCUGCAGAACGGCGCCCCCUACAGCACCAACUCAGACAUGCCUAGCUCAGCUGGAAGGCCCAAAAAGAGACGUGCAGGCCGACCGCGCCGUGCCGAUGGACAGGACUACGACACCGACUACAACUCCUCAGGAGACGAGCUGGACGACGACGACUUUGACAGAGAGUAUCCACCGAUAGUGGACGAGACGCAGCGCAACGAGUACAAGCGCGAGUUUGACCGCGACCACCAGGAGUACAAGGACCUGCAGGCGGAGCUGGACGCCCUGAAUAAGAACCUGUCAGACGUGGACAGAGAGCUGGACGACCUGCAGGAGGGCAGCCCAGCGUACCUGGAUGCUCUGGAUGAGUACAACAGGAUAAAGAACAUUAAACGGUCUCCAGACUAUCAGAUGAAGAAGCGCAGGUGCAAAUACCUGAAGUCCAAACUGAACCACAUCAAGAAGAUGGUCAGCGAUUUCGACCGCUGGGCCUGAACAACUCCGAGGAUGUUACGCCUGUCCAUGACGGGACAGAAGGGACUAAAUCUGGUUUUGGGGGGGAACGUUUGGAGGCUGUGAGAGGACGAAGCUACGCUGAUCCAACCCAGUGGUUUCCACAGUCUAUCUGAGCUGGUGAAACACUGCAAAGGUUGUUUUAUAAUUUAGAGGCAGAGAAAACAAAGAUUCUGUCUUGUGUUAUGCCGUUGUUUGUUUUAUGAGUAUCACCUGCCAUAGAUACUGUUAUAGGUAUUUAUUAUGCCUCAUUUAAUCUGAAACAGUCUCGUAGAGGAGUUUCUAGAGAGUGAACACAAAUGAAACAUAAUCCCCAAAUUUGUUUUUAAUAGCUCUUGUUUCAAUGACUCAACAUGAGAUGCUCAUUUUGUAAGAUCUUUUUAAUUCUCAUUUUUAAUCCUUUCAGCAUGUAAAUAUGUGGGCAACACGGAUGUUUUUUAAGUUUUUAGCAGUUUAUUGAAUUAAGUUCGUGUGUGUUGUGGUGUGUUUUUCUUUUAUGGAUGGUAGAAGUGACAGACACUUUUAAACUCAUGUUUGAUGCAUUGUGUGAUGUACUUUUACAAUGAUUUGUCAGACCUUUUUAUUAUAAUAAAGUCAUUUAUUGAGCAAUUUUCUUGCUGUUCUUACACAGUAAGCAUGUGACAAACAUAUAUCUGAGAUUUCUUGAACAAAUAGUUGGUGUGAAAACAAUCAACACUCAGCUCCUCUUGAUUCAUAGACACUGUGUAGAUGUUUUAAGAGUGUAUCUCACUUAUCAAAUCAUUCUGAUGACAUUGUAGAAAAUUAAGCGCUGUGUGGAUCUUCUUCACAUACUGACUUUAAAGCUGCACUAAUCAAUAUUUUUUAUAUAUUAAUGUAUAAAAUGACCACAGAUAAUGUGAAAGGUGUCGUUUGAAGUAACAAAUCCACAGAUAAUUAUCACCUAUGUUGUUGCUUUUAAGUCUACGCUGCUUUUUAGCCUUUUUUAGCUCAUUGUUUUGGUUCUGAACCUGCAAAUGUCAAUCAAAUCAACCCUGUUUUACAUUUUAAAAAAGCUCAAAUAAAUGUAUUCUACAGUACUCACCCAGCACAACAUUAAAAAGAAAAACACAGAAACUAA